AUGUCGAUGGCUGCUAAGGAUGUAGAGAAGAGAAGGAGACCGCCCACUUUUCAACAUCUGCCUGAGGAUCGCGCUAAGAAGCUCAAACGUUCUUGGGUUGAGGUGCAGAAAGUCAAGAGCCGAUGGAAGGCACAAAAGCGGAAGGAAGGCCUGAUGACGGACAAGAAACGGAAACCAUUGGAAGGGGAGACGGAGAACGGCGACGAAGUCUCUGAACACGAAGAGAUGGAGGCAUCUAGCUCAAAGGACAAAGAUUGUUCAAGUGAAGACGAGGAUGGGGAUGAAGACAACGUCUCAGUCGUCCCAUCUCCGCGACCAUUGCCUCCCAAGAUGAAGCAGGAAUACCACGGAGACGAGGCGGAAAAGCCGUCGUUGCGGGAGAUGAAUAGACAGGCCUAUUCCCGCACUUCUCUACAUACGCACAAGUCUCACCCCUUGCAUCAUCAGCGGGGAGCAGCAGAUAAGACGAUUGUCUAUUCAGAGGGACGAGGGCAGGAAAGGGGGAGGGGAGGGGCGUCCAGGCGACGAGGGCGAGGUCAGCCUGAUAUGCGCCUACGGAUGAAUCUGAUGCUGGAAAAAAUCAAACGUGAUUUCAAUUGA